UGUGAAACCGGGAACACAGAAGCGCAGGUGGAGCGCCCGGCGUGAGUUUGCGCAGACUCAGAGUAGUCGAGCUCCCCCGCUGACGCACGUCGUCGCAUUUCGGGCUGCCUGGACAUCAUGGCAAAACUACAGGGGUUUGAUUUCUGGAGAACCACACUGAAGGAGGCUCGUUACAUAGUUGCUCCAAUGGUGGAUCAGAGUGAGCUUGCCUGGAGGUUGCUCAGCCGACGCCAUGGGGCACAGCUGUGCUACACACCGAUGCUGCAUGCCCAAGUAUUUAUACGUGACAGCAACUACCGGAAAGCAAACCUCUACAAUGAGGUGUGUGCAGAGGAUCGCCCCCUCAUUGCUCAGUUUUGUGCAAACGACCCAGACGUGUUUGUCCAGGCAGCUCUUUUAGCCCAGGAUUAUUGUGAUGCCAUCGACCUCAAUAUAGGUUGUCCUCAGAUGAUUGCAAAGCGAGGACACUAUGGAGCAUUUCUUCAGGAUGAAUGGAGCCUUCUUCAUAAAAUGAUCACUGUUGCCAAUGAGAAGCUCUCUGUUCCUGUCACAUGCAAAAUUCGAGUCUUUCCAGAAAUUGAUAAAACUGUGCAGUAUGCGAAGAUGCUGGAAAAGGCAGGAUGCCAGUUGUUAACAGUUCAUGGACGAACUAAGGAACAGAAGGGGCCGUUAACUGGAGUGGCAAGUUGGGAUCAUAUUAAAGCUGUGAGGAAAGCAGUGAAUAUCCCGGUUUUUGCAAAUGGUAACAUCCAGUAUCUUUCUGAUGUGGAGCGUUGCCUCCAGGAGACUGGGGUUCAGGGUGUAAUGAGCGCAGAAGGUAAUCUUCAUAAUCCAGCCCUGUUUGAGGGAAGAAAUCCUCCUGUUUGGGAAAUGGCUGAGGAAUAUUUGGAAGUUGUCCACAAACACCCCUGUAAUCUCUCUUAUGUCCGGGCUCAUCUUUUCAAGUUGUGGCACCACACGCUGCAGAUUCACCAGACACUUCGAGAUGAGCUGGCCAAGGCAAAAAGUCUUGAAGGAAUUAUAGAAGUUAAUAGAGAACUAAAAAAACGUUGUCAGGAGGAGAUGGCAAAUUUGGUGGAAGGUAUGAAGCCAGCUGGAGGACUGCCUCUCCCUCACUGGAUCUGCCAGCCUUAUGUUCGGCCAGGGCCCAAGGAACUGCUUAUUGAAAAUGGAGAAGGAAAGCCAUGUGCAAAAAGAGCUUUGGAAGAAGAAGAAGGCUGCACAGAAUAUGUAUCAAAAAACAAGCUAAAGAAGAAAACGAGAAACCCACACAAGAAUUUUGAUUCGACACAGAAACCUAAAUAUGUCAAAUGUGAACAUUGCGGAAAUCCAAAGGGAAAUAAAUGUGUCUUCAGCUUAUGUAGAGGGUGUUGUAAAAAGAAGGCAUUUAAAGAAAUGGCAGACUGUCCUGGCCAUGGUUUACUGUUCAAAACCAAGUAUGAGAAAUCCUUAAAACGGAAGAUUGAAACAGAUUGUGAACAGACUGUGAAUGGCGAAACUGGCAAAGAUCACACUGAGCCUGAAAGUGAAAGGGCAUAACGGGAUGAACCAGAUGGCGAUGAUAUCACAGGGAUUUCACCAUACUGUGCCAAACUGUUGCUGCUGCUACCACCACCACCACCAACCGCCUUUAUCAGUGGAAGCUGCUGAGGGUUUUUAAAAGUAUAUUUACAGGAAAGAGGGGUUCGUUCUUCUGGUGUGAAUAACCUUGGACAUUGAGAUGAUUAUCAAAAGCAUUCUCCACUUCUGGAAUUACAUAAAAGAAAUUUUCAUGAAACUGUGAAGUUUCUCUGUUUUUAAAAGACAUUUUUCCACUCUUGUACAGUGAACUAUUGCAUAAUAAUAGAAUAACAUUUUUUUUUA